GGUGUGAGGAGUUGAGGGCGAGCUGCUUGUUGGGCGCUGCCGCCAGAUUCACGGGUUGCUAGCUACCACUUGUUGGGGCGCUGCCGCCAGAUUCACGGGUUGCUGCUACCAGAGGCAGCCCAACGGCUCCCAGUAAGCGAGAAAAGGCCCGCGUGGCACAAUCGGGACAAGCCAGACCAAUCCCAGCGCGAGGCACCACGAUUGCGAUGCGCAGCCCCCAAAGAAAACGCGCUGCGCGCGGCGCCGGGGCUGCUUUAUGCCGCCUCGCCGGCGUGCUGCUGCUGGCGGGAGGCGCCGCGGCCCCGGCCGAGCGCCUCGUCGCCGAGGUCAGCGCGCCGAAAGAGCGCGGCCGCCGACUCGAGGACGACGUGUUCGUCGAAAAUAUCGCGUGCGGUGAGACUAGACAUGAGUCCACAGCCAAUGCGGCGCACUGGCUCUCGGGCAACGACGCGCCCGACCACUUCUAUGUGAUCACGCCCUCCGAGACGGCCUACUACCACUUCUCGACGUGCGGCUCCGACUACGACACAUAUCUUUACCUCUACGACGUCGUCGACUACGAGGCGGACACCUGCCUCCGAUCGCCCGCGCCGCACGCCGGCGCGGUGAGUCUCAUCGGCGAGUGGGACGACCCCGGCGAGGACGUUUGCCGCGCACUCGACGGUCGCGAGGAGCCCCGCGAGGACGUCUGGACCUCCCAGCCGCUCCAGGCCGGCGAAACGUACGUGCUCCAGGUCACCGGCUAUUCGGAUCACGGCGAAACACUCGAGACGGACUGCGACACCGACUACGCGCGCGACGCGGGCGCGGCGGGCAACUACGUACUCACCGUCGGAUGCAGCAACGACGCGCUUGCCGUCCAGUACUGGUACGAGGACUGGAGGUGGGCGAACGGCUGUCGCGCGGACUACUGCACGUCCACCGAUGGCGGAGAUGGUUACGACUGCUGCGCCUCGAUGGAUUGGGGCGAACCGGCGACAUGCGCGAACGGCUACACCCCGAUGCCGCCAAACCCGACCGAGGACGACUGUGAAUACACGUGCUGCCCGGGUACAAACCCCCUUUUCGUCGCGGGAAGCCAGGCGGGCGACUACGCAGCGGCCGAAUCCUAUUGCCAGAGCAUAGGCGCCGAGAUCGCGACCAUCCAUAGCGCGACCGAAAACGAGCUGGCGCGCGAGGCCUGCGGCGACUCGUCGUGCUGGAUCGGCCUCGAAGAAGUCGGCGGCGACGCGUCGACGCCCAAGGAGAGCCAGACGUGGCAGUGGGUGGACGACUCGGAGGUGACUUACGCCUGUAACAUUGCCUCCGUCGGGAGCAGACAAUUGGUCCUGUCCGACUUUAACCCGGACGGCGCCGAGCUCCGAUUCAGAGCUCAAGACGUGAACGAUGGAAGGAGUCUUGAAGGUUGGACCCUGUACGACUUCGAGGGGCACGUCGUGGCGUGGCUCACGCUUGGCGACAGCGAUCAAUAUACGACGCACAUGUGCCUCAACAGCGUGGUCUCUCAAGAUAAGAAUGCAGGCGGCCCAUGCAUGGCGUUUGUGGGGCACCGGGAUACGCACUCACGGCUGGAAUCGACCGACUGGGUGACGGUCGUGUUCUCUUCGUCUGCCAACGCGCCGGCGAUGUCGAUUUUCAUCAACGGCGACGUCGAGGCGACGUCGAGCCAGACCGGAAGCACGUAUCAUGCCGAGAGUGGCAACUCGCUCGACGCGCCGCUCCAGCUGUACUCUACCGAGUGGGUGCUUGAGCUGCAGGUCGAGGGGACCUCGUCGGGCUGCGACGACUACGACUACGUCCCCUGGGGCUAUUCGAACUGGGAGGAUUGGGAACCGAAUAAUCACGAGGGGAACGACGAAAGGUACGCCAUUAUGAACUGCUGCGAGACGGAGGGCGUCGAGUCGACAGGUCGUUGGUACGACGUGCCAGAAGAACACGGCGGAUCGAAGCCUCUCUGCAAAGUUACUCAAUGGCCGACGCCGCGGCCCACGUCCAUGCCGACAACACCUGGUCCUUCGCCGCAGCCGUCGCCGCGCCCGACGGACAAACCGACGCCGCGCCCGACGCCGCGGCCGACCGCCAAGGGCGACGUCACGGACGCCAACAUCAGGGCGGCCGUCGCGGCUUGGUUUGACGACCAGGCGGCCGCCGAGGCGACCUACGGCCACAUUUCUACGUGGGCGACCGCAGGGGUGACGGACAUGUCGUAUUUGUUUUGUGCAAGCCCUGAUGACCACUCAGGAUAUGGGUACUGCAACACGGCCGCGGCGUCCUUCAACGAGGACAUCGGCGCGUGGGACACCUCUGGCGUUACGAGCAUGUACGGGAUGUUCUGGUACGCCUCGUCGUUCAAUCAGAAUAUUGGCGGCUGGAGCGUUGCCAACGUCAAUGAGAUGGGCUUCAUGUUCACCUCUGCCUCGGCCUUCGACCAGGACAUCAGUGGUUGGGCGGUCGACAGCGUCACGGAUAUGAGCGCGAUGUUCUUCGGCGCCUCGGCCUUCAACCAGGACAUCAGUGGUUGGGUGGUUGAUGGCGUCUUAGAUAUGAGUGGGAUGUUCAACGGUGCCUCGGCCUUUAACCAGGACCUCGGCUGGUGCGUGGGCGACGACGUCAAUCCCUCGUUCCCCGGCACCCCGUGCGCGUCGACGUCCUGCGGCGUCGUGCAAAUGGACAACUGCGCGACGCCCCCGCCAACGCCGCAAGUAUUGCCCACCAACUCCGACGGCGCCCUCGAGGGAUCGAUGACUUGCGCGGGCAUCUCGCUGGCGGACGCAGAGUCGAACGCGGGCGUCUACGCGUCGGCAGUCGCCGACGUGUACGACGUCCAAGCCAACAGGGUUACCGUGACGUUUUCAUCUGGCCGAAGGCGUCUCCAGAGCGGCAGCGUCGUCGUCGACUACACAAUUCUCUACGCAACCAUGGCGGACGCGACGGCCGCAGUUGCAUUGGUUCCCACAGCCACCGUCUUCGACGCUGCCGUUCAGACCGCCGCGGCCGACGCGGGUGUCUCCAGCGUUUUCGCGACGGCGACUGUCGAUGCUGUGGCUGCGCCCGUUGCAGCGCAGCCGGUCUCGACCAAGUCCCCAACGGCGUACGAAGAGGACGAGUGCGACGGCGGUUGCAUCGCCUUCAUCCUCAUAGUCUGCGUCAUGUUACCAUUAUGCUGCCUCUGCGGCAUCGUUUACCUCUGCCGCAAGAUGAUGUGCAAGAAAAAGGACGAGGGCACGAAGGUCGCGCCCGCCGCGAAGCCGGACAAAGCGCCCGCCGCGCCUUAUUCGCAGCAGCAGACCAUGACCAUCACAAUUCCACCGGGCGCGGCGCCUGGCACCACGCUCCGGGUUAUGACGCCAUCGGGACAACCCAUAGACAUCGUCGUCCCGCCCGGGGCUGGACCCGGGACCCAGCUCCAGGUGCCGGUGCCGGCGCCUCAACCGGUGCGGCAACCGGCGCCGCAACCGGCGGCCGCGUCCGCCACGGGCAACAAGCUCGCCUUCGGUGGCGCCGCGGCCGGCGCCGCGGCCGGCGCCGCGGCCGGCGCCGCGCUCACGGCGUCGCAGAUGGACAUCCUCGGGCCGCUCUCCGGGGUUCUGGCGGCGCUCCCCGCGGCCGCGCCGCCGCCGCUCAAUAUGUGUCUGAUGCCGUUCACGAGCGCGUUGGCCGAACUCGGCCUCGCGGUGCGUCAGGUGCGCUUCAACAAGGAAGCCGCGGCCAUGCUGCAGCGGCGCGGAACGGAGAUCGCCCAGAAGCUCCAGGACGUCGUCAAAGCGACGCAGGGCCUGCCGACGGGACAGGUCGAGGCCGUCGCUCGGACGGUGACGGCCAUCGGCCAGGCGCUCGACGAGGCGGCCAAGUUUCUCCAGCAGUUCUCGAAGAAGGGCGCGUUUAAGAAGCUCUGCUCCGGCUCGCUCGACGCGCGGCGCUUUGGUCUCCUCGACAAGCGGCUCUGCGAGCUCAGCAACGAGCUCGGCUCGGCGUUGGACCUCCAACAGCUCGCGCUCCAGGCGCAGCGGUUCGAGAAGAUCGAGGGCUUGAUCCAGCUGCUGGGCCAGCAGACGGUCGACGCGAACAACCAGGCGGCGGCGCAGCGGGCGGCGAUCAUGUGCGGCAUCCAGAAGGGCAGCGCCGUCGAGAGCGAGGAGCUCUCGGCGCUCGGCCUGAAGCUGGACCAGAUCGCCGCGGACGUGAGCACCGUCAUCGACCAGAACACGAAGCAGCAGGAGUCGCUCGACGAAGUGAAAGAGAUGGUGGCGGCGAAGAACUCGAAGCUGCGGGGCCGCGCGCUGGCGCGCCAGGAUAAAGAUAGGGCGCUCGAGGAGCUGGAGAUCGAGUUGGACUCGGUCGAAGAGAAGCCCAUCGCGAAGGGCUCGCAGGGCGCCGUUCACAAGGCUUCGUACCAAGGCGACGUGGUCGCGCUGAAGAAGAUGAGUCUCGUCGGCAUCUGUGUGGAAAUCAAAAAUUCACGGCGCGUUCGUGCUGAAUCGCCGCGUCGUCCUCCACGCCAUCGACGCGCCGCCUGCUCGAUGGCGUGGCGAUGCCGGUUCCUCGCCGCUCGACCGAGCCAAAAAAAAGCCGCGCCAUCGCUGCGAGGUGACUUAGUGAAGAAUUGUUGGGUGCACCCGACACACUGGUUUCCACACAGGUCGGCAUCACGGCGACGAAGCGGAACAAGAUGAUGAAGGACUUCUCGACCGAGCUCGCAAUCAUGGUCAAGCUCAGGAGCCCACGCAUCGUCGCCGUGUAUGGGGUGGUGACAACGGACACAACUUGGCUGGGCUUGGUCGUCGAGUACUGCGGCGGCGGUGACCUGCGCGAGGCGCUCGACGCCGACGACGCGGCAAGUAUUGACGAAGCGCAGCGGAGGAGCUGGCUAUCGGACAUCUCGCUCGGGAUGGCGUACCUCUACUCCAAGGGCGUGGAGCAUCGCGACCUCAAGACGUUAAACAUCCUCCUCGACGGCGACCGGCGCUGCAAGGUGACGGACUUCGGUUUGAGCAAAUCCGAGUCGCUGGCCACGGCGGCGACGCAGGCGACGGCCGGGGGCGACGCCAAAGGCACGCCUGCGUACAUGGCGCCCGAAUUACUCCAGCACAACAUUUUCACCGAAAAGGGCGACGUGUACGCCUACGGCAUGAUCGUCUUCGAGGUACUUACCGGAGAUACGCCAUGGUCGGGCCUCAAUCAGAUGCAAAUCAUGAUGCAGGUGUGCAUUCAGAAGGACCGCCCGAAGAUCGAUGGCGACGCGCCCGCGGACCUCGUCGCGCUCAUGCAACGGUGCUGGGCCCACGAGCCGGACGCGCGGCCGACGUUCGCCGCGAUCAAAGCCGAGCUACGCGGCGGCCCCGAUACUCCUGCGCGGUGAAAAUUCCUUUCCCCCCCCGCUCCCUCCUCAGGCUGAGUUCCUGUCCGAAUUAACGAGCAAUUAUAUCUUACUAGAAGUACACGACAACACUACGAAAACGUACAACCCUGCGCGAGGCGCGAGCAGCGGGGUCGACGAGU